AUGGCGACAUCAUCCGCACAGAUCAACCCUACUGUGGGCAUCCUGAGCAUUGGGGAUAUGGGCAUGGGCAUAGCCCGGCUCCUCCGCCAUCACGACCAUACCGUCUACACGGUCGCCACGGGCAGAAGGCAAGUCUACACACCAGAUAGUCGUCCAGAAGAUAUUGAACUCUUUGCUGAGCUCUCUCCAAGCCAGCACACCCUCGACCGCAUCAAGUCGUCACAGAUAACAGCUCUCGAGUCGGAUGAACAGCUGGUGGCUGAAUCCGAUAUCAUCCUGAGCAUUGUACCACCUCGAGACGCCAUCGCGACGGCACGAAGAGCUCUUGAAGCAUGCCGCUCACAAGCAGCCAUCAAGAGGCGUAGUGAGAGGAAAGGCACCGAAGCAACCUCUCAAGCCCCCAGCAUAACAUACAUUGACCUGAACGCCAUCUCGCCCAGAAGCGCCAAGUCCAUCGCCACGAUGUUUUCCACUCCAAUGUCGCCGGCUUCACCCCGAAGGCUAUCCAUCACGCGCACGUUUUCUUUCCAACGAAGGGAGUCGGAACCCGAGCUAGACCCUAUCUAUAUCAACUUCCUCGACGGCGGUAUCAUUGGAGGGCCUCCGGCAGCGAAGCAAGAUCAAACCUGGAAGAAGCCCUCGAUUGUCAUUUCAGGGCCAAAGUACGACCACUUGCUCACCCCCUCCUUCAUCGAACUACUAAAUAUGAAAUUACUCGGCCCCAGAAUCGGCCAAGCCUCGGCCUUGAAAUCCUGUUUCGCGUCUCUCACGAAGGGCAUGACUGCUUUAUCCAUCCUAUCUUUCACCACCGCACAUAGCUGCGGCGUGCUCAAGGAGCUCCAAGAGCACCUUGCCGAGUUCAGCCCGAAGACGCUUGACCUGGCUGAAGCCGGGCUUGUGGGCAUGCCACCAAAAGCAUACCGCUGGGUUGAGGAAAUGCGGCAGAUCAACGAGACGUUCUCUGAAGAAGGCGGUUUCAGCGCUGCUGUGCUCUCCAACGGGCAUAACGGUCACCACACCACUCCGACCCAGGUAGCCACCAACGGCCGGAAUAUGGCCGGCGUUUUUGAGGGCGUCGCCGAGAUAUACAAACUGAUCGCGGAUGACACGAUACUAGGCGAGGAAAGAGUAGAGAAACGGAAACGUGGCACCAAUCCGGAGGAUGUGGCUGAAUGUGUAAAGGAAGGGAUUGCGAAGAAGAAGAAGAAACUUGCCGACGAGGGGAGGGAUCUGGAGGCGGCGUGGAGGGGUAGCUGGGGCGCCUAA